AUGGCAGCUUUCAACCUCACCCCCUCUGACCUUUCAACAUUCAUCCUGACAGGCAUCCCUGGCCUGGAAGCUGCCCAUAUCUGGAUUUCCAUCCCUUUCUCUACGUUCUACAUCAUCAGUCUGUUGGGAAAUUUCAUGGUUCUGUUUGUUGUAGGCAAAGAGGAGACCCUGCACAAGCCGAUGUACCUGCUGCUUUGCAUGCUGGCGCUUACAGACAUCAGCACAUCUACCUCCGUCGUGCCAAAGGCACUGUGUAUAUUUUGGUUCAAUUUGAGGGGCAUUACUGUGAGUGGUUGCCUCACUCAGAUGUUCUUCCUUCACACGGUUUCUGCUAUGCACUCAGCUGUCCUUGUGACAAUGGCCUUUGAUCGCUACAUUGCCAUAUGUAACCCUCUGAGAUAUGCAACCAUCCUCACCAAUACACGAAUAGCUAAGCUAGGGCUAGUGGGUUUGAUAAGAUCUGUUCUCUUUAUUCUACCAACACCCCUGCUCCUGAGCAGGCUACCAUUCUGUUCCAACUACAUUAUCCCCCACACAUACUGUGACCACAUAGCUGUGGCAAAGAUAUCAUGUGGGGACAUCACAGACAACAGGAUGUAUGGCUUGGUGAUAGCACUUGUAGUCAUCGGGUUGGACCUGACGCUUAUUGCCCUGUCAUAUGCUCUGAUCAUCAGGGCUGUCCUCAGAAUCUCCUCCAAGAAAGCCCACCAGAAAGCCCUCAAUACCUGCACAGCUCACAUCUGUGUGAUACUGACAUCUUACACUCCAUUCCUCUUCUCCAACCUGACACACCGGUUUGGUCAGGGCAUUGCUCCCCACAUUCAGAUCAUCAUGGCCAACCUCUAUUUCCUCAUCCCCCCCAUGCUCAACCCUAUCAUUUAUGGUGUCAAAACCAAAGAGCUUCGUGAAAAAGUAGGCAAAUACACUUGCAGAAGGUGA